CCACCCGACGGCGCAACAAGUUCGCUGGGACUAUUCAAAGCGUGGAGCGCCUAUCUAACCUGGACUACAAGCUACAUUUGAGGGUUAACCAAACAACAGGGUAUGCACUGGAAGGACUCAGCCCUGGAAACUAAGGAGCGAACGCUAACAAUGUUCAGGAACUGUCCCAAGUACAUCAACGUUCGAAAGCUCAUCCCUCAGCCACAUACGUUUCCCAGGGUUUACUAUCGACGCCAGCAUCUGGGACCGCAGGGCCGACUUCCAGAAGAAGUAGUGGCGUUUAUCCUCCAGGCUGAUACGGUCUUUGUCGGGUCCAUCUACAAAUCAUCGCCCUCGGAUCUGCACAUAUUCCCUCCGCACACGGGGAUGAAUGCUCGCAGCGGCUUACCGGGGUUUAUCCGAGUCAGUCCGACCGAUGGCCGCACAGUCGUGGUGCCAGACUACUCAGGAAAUCGAUUUAUGUCCACUUUGGGCAACAUCGAGACUAGUGGGAUGGUGGGAUUGACGAUCGUGUCCUUCACGACGGGCGACAUUCUUUAUUUGACGGGUACUGCUAAAAACCUAGUAGGCCCACUUGCACUUGAGGUCAUGACAAGACAUGCCGCCCUCACAUCUGUGCAUGUUACCGGGUUCGUCUUCGUCCGAGAUGCUCUCCCAGUUCGACAGCAAGAUGGUACCUCCGUUGAACGCAGUCCAUAUAGUCCAAAGAUCAAAUACCUAGAGGAAGAGACGGGUGCCCAGGGCAGGGAGAACAAAGAGCACAAAGCGAAGCUUCGAGAGGCAGUACACGUCUCUUCUGACCUUGCGGUGUUCAAGUUUCAAGUCAUUUCCAAACCUGGCGCUGGAGAGCUGAGAGUUCGCCCCGGUCAAGCCAUUGUGCUGGAUUUUAUGGACUGGAUAGGACCGCCGCAGUACAAACACAUGGAUAGCUCUGCGCCGAGCUCAAUCAAUGAUGAUCGCGUCCGGACAUGGACGGUUUCUAGUGCCCAUGAAGAGCGGAAUGCGACAUGUUUCGAAUUAACCAUGCGAGAAAUGAAAGGAGGCGCGGUGACCGGUGCUCUUUUCGAUCAUCUGAGGAGAUACCGGUCCGCUCAGCUAGGUCAGCGUAUUGUUUUUGACACUGCCGUUGUCGCCGACAUCGUUGGCAUCACGGGUGACUUUUUCAUGGUCCGCGACAAACUCGAUACGCUGUGGGUCGCCGGUGGCAUCGGAAUCACGCCAUUCCUCGCUAUACUGAGAGCACUGGCAGAGCGUGGAUCUGCGGCUGAAGGCGACGUCAUGCUGGUCCUUGCAACAAGAGAACCGAACAUCAUGCUCCAUAUGAUGCGACCCUCUCUUGAGAGGAUAGCAUCAACCGUUCGGAUCAACAUUGCCAUAUUUACCCAUGAUUCAGAGUUUGAUCCCGGUCAUCUCAAGCCAAAUCAGAAGAUUUGCGUUCAUAGAGGCCGUGUCGUCCCAGACUUUUGGAAGGAUAUUCCGCGCGGCAAAGACGUAUUUAUCUGCGGGCCUAGUGCUUUCGGGGACUCGGUGGUUGACGGGUUGCGAGCUGUCGGUGUCUCGCCAAGUCAAAUUCAUCGAGAAGGCUUUUAUUGAUGAACAAUUUUUAUGAUGCCAAUCAUAAUGUAAAUUUAGCGUAGCGCAUCUUCAGCAAUCUUAAAUCCAUGGUUACCACUUACUACCAGCCACCCUAUCACGGUCGACUAAAAGGCGACUUCCAUUGAUGUGAUCAUAGAGCGUCUGGGUAAGGUCAAACUCGGAGAAUGUCAACCAUUGUGCCCACUCCUUCACUAGAGGCUGAUCCAUGACCCAUUCACUGAAGGGGACACCCGUCCCAUCACACGUAGUUAUGGCAGGUCUACCACUGUUGGCAGAGCUUGACCAACUGGCGAUACACAAGGGGAUAUGAGAUUCCUGUGAAUCUAUUUCGUCGCCAGGCCGCACUUGAGCGUAGUAUGUGACGUAGCCCCGCCCAUUCAAAUUAGGGAAAAUGACAGAAAUGACACGCUGAUGUGGUGCGGUGAAGUAUUCCACAUCAGGCUGUCUCGGCUCCCGGCCCACGCGUUUUUCGAGAGUAGACAGGACCUCGAGG